AAACUACUCUUCUUUGCAAACUGAGGUGUGUGUCUGUAAAGGGUGCAAAGAUUGCCUUUUACGUAACUUUCAAAUCAUGGACGACCCAUUUACGAAACCUGUGUUUGUUGCUCUUGGUGUCGUCAUUGUUACUGUAGGAUUUGGCUUGGUAACGUAUUUUCUCAAAUCGCAAGCAAAAGGCAGCAAAAAAAGGCCAGUUGCAUUAGAUCCUCAGAAAAAGAUUCCAUUCAAACUCAUUGACAAAAAGAUUGUAAGCCAUGAUACAAGGAGGUUCCGAUUUGAACUGCAAUCACCAGAGCACAUACUUGGACUCCCUGUGGGAAACCACAUGUACCUCAGUGCCAAAGUUGAUGGCAGUCUUGUGAUCAGGCCGUACACACCGGUAACAUCUGAUGAUGAGGUUGGAUAUUUUGAGCUAGUAAUUAAGGUCAGUAACAUAUGUGGGAUAUCUGAUACAGUUCACCCGAUAAGAAACAAGUUUGUUAAGGAUAUGAAGAUCACGAAGAGACAAUUCCCGGGUUCUUAUAAAAACUACUCUUCUUUGCAAACUGAGGUGUGUGUCUGUAAAGGGUGCAAAGAUUGCCUUUUACGUAACUUUCAAAUCAUGGACGACCCAUUUACGAAACCUGUGUUUGUUGCUCUUGGUGUCGUCAUUGUUACUGUAGGAUUUGGCUUGGUAACGUAUUUUCUCAAAUCGCAAGCAAAAGGCAGCAAAAAAAGGCCAGUUGCAUUAGAUCCUCAGAAAAAGAUUCCAUUCAAACUCAUUGACAAAAAGAUUGUAAGCCAUGAUACAAGGAGGUUCCGAUUUGAACUGCAAUCACCAGAGCACAUACUUGGACUCCCUGUGGGAAACCACAUGUACCUCAGUGCCAAAGUUGAUGGUAGUCUUGUGAUCAGGCCGUACACACCGGUAACAUCUGAUGAUGAGGUUGGAUAUUUUGAGCUAGUAAUUAAGGUUUACUUUAAGAAUGUUCACCCUAAGUAUCCUGAUGGUGGCAAAAUGUCUCAGUACCUGGAUACUCUAAGCAUAGGCGACACUGUUGAUAUCAGGGGACCUUCUGGAAAGUUGACUUACUUGGGAAGGGGAAAACUUGGAAUCAAGGAGAAUGCAAAGGAACCUGUACAGUUCAGAACAGCUAAGAAUGUUGGCUUGAUUGCGGGAGGAACUGGCAUAACUCCUAUGCUACAGAUCAUCAGUGCUGUGAUUAAAGACAGCGAGGAUAAAACCAACCUAACUCUUCUUUUUGCUAAUCAGACAGAAAAAGACAUCUUGGUACGACCUGAAUUAGAAGAGCUGGCUAAGGAAUGUGAGAAUUUUAAGCUUUGGUACACGCUUGACAGGCCACCUGAAGGCUGGCCUUAUAGCUCUGGAUUUAUUAAUGAGGUCAUGCUCAAGGAACACAUGCCAUCCCCCGGACCUGACACCCAGAUACUGAUGUGUGGACCCCCUCCUAUGAUCAACUAUGCUUGUAUUCCUAACUUAGAGAAACUCGGUUAUACCCCUGACAUGUACUUCCCAUUUUAAAGCCAGGCGAUAUGACAAGAAUGUCAGUAUCGUGAUUGUUUUAUAAGUAACCUAGUACAAAAAUAGUUUUCUAUCUACCAGGUGUUAGCCAUAUAAUUAAAACUAUAGCGAGAGCAAUUGUUAAGUCGGUCCCCCGUUCAUCUUAGCCUCUUUGGGUUAUUUGUACCUGGACAUGACUACAGGGUCAAGAGUGGGGAAUUUUUGGAAACCAUGAAGGCAAUAUUUAGCUCUUAUUAACCGAGGUCGUGAGUACAGACCGAACGCAGUGAGGUCUGUACACACGACCGAGCUCAAG